AUGUUUAUUAGACUACUACGAGCUGGAAAAGAGCACGCAACAACAGCUAGAAGAGUUGUAUAUGCUUCGGGACACCAUGUCGGUGAAUCGUGGACGAAAUCAGAAACAAGGAGAUUGGCUCCAAAUUUGAUCACUUAUGCGUUGUUCAUUGGAACAAUGGUCACUUGGCCUUAUUGGGUCAAAGAAUAUUCUUAUGUAACGCAUGGUAAGCCAAACUGGUCGCCAUAA